AUGAAGUGUGGUAUGCCAGGUUCUUCUAGGGGUCUUCGAUUCCGCCCCCGACUCGGUUCAGCCUUACACGGCUAUAGCCCCGGUCGCCCACAUCGCCAUUGUCCCGGCCAACGGACACCUCUAAAUACUAAGAGACCUUGGAAACGUUUUCAUGUCGAUGGCCAAACUCCUCACGCCAACGGAACUAUAAGACAUGAUCCGCAAUGCCGGAUAUGUGGUCCCGCAGGCCGUCUUCGACUUCUACCACAAUCUGACGAUGUUACCCUGCACCCAGACCGGAGUCCAACAUCGAUACAUGGAACACCAACGCUGUGUUACAUACGACAAGCAACUGUGACUCGAAGCUUUUCGUAUCGCCCGAACACGCCAGAAGCGAAGGCUUGUUCCGAGAGAGUACCCUUGGCGUCAGUCGCAUCACCGGUACCUGUGCCAGCAACAUCUGUACACCACUCAGCCCUCGUUUGGGUCAGGCCUGCCGCUGUGUGGAGGCAUUGGCUCGGAUCUCCCACACCGACAAGCAGGAGGUCGAGGGAUACCACCACCGCCUGGACUGCGCUGUGGAGGUCAACCUCAACCUCGGCGUACCCAAUGUCUGCUAUACGAGCUACCGCGACGGAGAAUAAGGACCAGGAUAUGCAAUCCUUACAGCCCGUACACUGA